AUGGCAUCAGGCAAACGACAGGCACCAGUUAUAAUCCUUACAGGGACACCUGGAACUGGGAAGUCGACACACGCACAGUUUUUGGCCGAGGCGUCCCCGAUUCCGCUUAAAAACAUCAACGUCAGUGAAUUUGUAAAAGAAAAGGGCCUACAUGAAGGGUACGAUGAAGAGUGGCAAAGUUACACAGUAGACGAAGAUCGGCUUCUGGACGAGCUCGAGCCAUUGGCGUCUGCGGGUGGUCUCAUCCUCGACUGGCACACAUGCGAGCUCUUCCCCGAGCGAUGGGCUGAUCUCGUUAUUGUCCUACGGUGCGAUCAUACACAAUUAUGGGAACGAUUAGAGAAAAGAGGGUACCCAGUGAAGAAGAUAAAAGAAAACAACGAAGCAGAGAUAAUGGAAGUUGUCUUGGAAGAAGCAAGACAGUCGUAUCCUGCAGAGAUUGUGAUCGAGCUAAAAAGCGAGACUAUGGAAGACAUCGAAUCGAAUGUCUCGCGAAUUGUAGAUUGGAUAAAAGCAUGGCAAAAGAAUCAAGCAGAUUGA